CCGCCCCGCUUCCUCCUCCCGAGGCGAGAGGGCGGAUGCUAACUCCCCAGCCUCCCCGCCCGGCGCCCCUCAGGCAGCCAGCCCCGGCCGCCUCACCAUGUCCGCCGACUGGUUCCGGCGCCGCUUCCUGCCUGGGGGUCCCCUCACUGCGCCGCGACCGCCUCGACCUCGCGCCAGCCCCGUGCCCUACCGGCGGCCCCGCUUCCUGCGCGGCUCGGGCUCCAGCACCAGCACCGCCGAUGCCUCGCGCCGCCCGGACGCCCGGCCCCGGCCGGUGCGUAGCCCCGUGCGGGGCCGCGCGCUGCCCUGGAACGCAGGCUACGCUGAGAUCAUCAAUGCAGAGAAAUCUGAGUUCAAUGAGGAUCAGGCAGCUUGUGGGAAGCUAUGCAUCCGGAGAUGUGGGUUUGGGGUUGAAGAGGACCAAGAAUGGCUGACCUUGUGUCCAGAGGAGGUCCUGACAGGUCAUUAUUGGGCACUGUUUGAUGGGCAUGGCGGUCCAGCUGCAGCUAUCCUGGCUGCCAACACCCUGCACUCCUGCCUGCGCCGGCAGCUAGAGGCUGUGGUAGACGGCAUGAUGGCCACUCAGCCCCCCAUGCAUCUCAGUGGGCGCUGCAUCUGCCCCAGUGACCCCCAGUUUGUGGAGGAAAAGGGCAUUAGGACAGAAGACCUGGUGAUUGGGGCUCUGGAGAGUGCCUUCCAGGAGUGUGAUGAGGUGAUCGGGCGGGAGCUGGAGGCCUCAGGCCAGGUGGGCGGCUGCACUGCCUUGGUGGCUGUGUCCCUGCAGGGAAAGCUGUAUGUGGCCAAUGCUGGGGAUAGCAGGGCCAUCUUGGUGCGGAGGGAUGAGGUACGGCCCCUGAGCUCUGAGUUCACCCCAGAGACCGAGCGGCAGCGGAUCCAGCAGCUGGCCUUUGUCUACCCUGAGCUUUUGGCUGGUGAGUUCACCCGACUGGAGUUCCCUCGGCGACUGAAAGGGGAUGACUUGGGGCAGAAGGUUUUGUUCAGGGAUCACCACAUGAGUGGCUGGAGCUACAAGUGCGUGGAGAAGUCGGAUCUCAAGUACCCAUUGAUCCAUGGACAGGGUAGGCAGGCUCGGUUGCUGGGAACACUGGCUGUCUCCAGGGCCCUAGGAGACCAUCAGCUCAGAGUCCUGGACACAAACAUUCAGCUCAAGCCCUUCUUGCUCUCUGUCCCACAGGUGACUGUGCUGGAUGUGGACCAGCUGGAGCCACAAGAGGAGGACGUGGUUGUCAUGGCAACUGAUGGGCUCUGGGAUGUCCUGUCCAAUGAGCAGGUGGCAUGGCUGGUGCGGAGCUUCCUCCCUGGCAACCGAGAGGACCCACACAGGUACUAUAGCUGCUGGGGAUCAGCCAAGGGCCUGGGAUGGUGCCAGCAGCAACAUCAGCAGCAGGGCUGGCCCUCCCUCUCUGGCCCCAAAGUACAUCUAUGGGAUGGUCCCCCCAGGUUCUCGGAGCUGGCUCAAAUGCUGAUACACAGCACGCAGGGGAAGGAUGACAGUCCUACACAGGAAGGGCAGGUGUCCUAUGACGACGUUUCUGUGUUCGUGAUUCCCUUGCACAACCAGGACCAAAGGCGUGGUAGCCACUGAGGAUUCAGACACUGUAUCCCAGAUAACUUAAGGGCCAGAUGCAGCGUGUGCAUCCCUCCUCCAUGGUCAAAAGCAAGUCUGCCUGCUCUGCCCCUAGAUACAGCCCCAACCCCAACCUAUUUCAAGGGAAACAUUUCUAUCAGGCAGUCAGAACUGGAGGAACAUGGAGAGUCUGGCUCCCCAGGUCCCCCGCUGUGGCAGGCAAGGAAUGAGUACAGUGAUUAUGUCUGGCAAAAAUUUACAACUUAGGAAACCAAUGUGAGGCUCCUCAGACAGGAUCCUUAACAGCCCAAUAUAUCAUUCCCAGAUGAGGAGUUAGAUGACGGGCGUAGGCCAAGAAUGCCAGGAAGGGCAGCCUGCCUGUGUUUGGAUCCAGGUCUCUAAGCCAUGAAUGUUAGGUUAUCUACUACAAAACCCCCAAAGCCAGUGGCAGCUGCCUCAUAUCUUCUAAACAGCCAUGUUGAAGCAGGCCCUGGGGAAGAGACCAGCUCAGAUCCCUACCCUCAUGCCCUCUGGUCUAGAGAGGUACAGGGCUGGAGGGUAGCUGGGGGAGAACAAAGAAACAAGGGGGCCCUCGGUUGGCAGAGCGAUGAAUCUCCUCUGAUUAUUGCUCCUGCCUCUAACCUAGUUUCCUGAUUUCUCCACUCUGGCCCCAGCCCUGCCCUACACUGAUGCCAACAAUGCCAUUUUGUUGUUCCCCAUCACCUCCCUAUUAAAUGUUUGUGUGAAGAA